AUGAAUGAUUUUAAUUUAAUAAAUAUAAAUAUAAGAUCAAAAGAAUUAUAUCAACCAAUUGAAGAGGAUCUGGGAAGAGAUGGUGUUGUUUCUUUAGUUAAAACGUAUCAGCUGAUAGAGGCAACCGUAUCACCCUAUCAAAACGUAUUGUUUGCAUUGAGAGAGAAAUUAAGAUUAAAUUUAAUAACAGCAGCAGCAGCAGAACAAGAUGACAGUAAUAAUAUAAAUCAUAAUCAAAGUAAUAAGAAAAAGAAGAAUAGUAAAAAAGAUAAAGAUAAUAGUAAAGAUAAUAAUAGCAAUUAUCAAUAUUACUUUUAUAUUAGAAAUAAAAAGAUAGAGGAAAAUCAAACGUUUUCAGAUUUAAAUAUUAACAAUGGUGAUAUAAUAGAGUCGUAUUCCAAUCCACUAUUGAUGGCAAUGUCAAUAUUUCAAGGAUAUACAGCCAAUAAAACACAAAAGUACUACAAAUUCGGAGUGGUACCUGCUCUAAACAAAAUAAAGACAGAUCUACCUUAUCUAGGUGAUAAUAUCGAAUUAAUAAGACAACAUGUACCAACAAUUAAUUAUAAACAAUUGGAAUUACAAUUUUCGGAUUAUAAGUUGUUUGAUAGGAAUACUAUCGAUCCAAUUGGUCAUUUCAUUAGGAGAUGCUACAAGUUGUUACCGGAGCAAGAGUUGGAGAAUAUCGCUAAUACUAGAGCGUCUAUUAAUAUCUAUGGUGUCAUACCUGAUACACCGCCACAACUAAGUGAUACAGAGUCUGAAGCGAGUGAAGAUGCAACACAACCCGACCCAAAUUCAACUGCUAUUCUAGCUUACACUCAAACCGAUACUAUCAAUAAGGAUGGCAGUAGUAGUACUACAAAUCAAAAGGUAUACGUAGUUGGAAAGAACAAACUACUAGAUUAUCAUUUCGAUGAGAGUAAAAUUGGAAAAGAAACAAUAGAGAAUGUAGAUGAUGAAGAAGAAGAGGAUAUAGAGUCAACACAACCUGAUUAUACAGGUUAUGAUAAUAAUAAUGAUAAUGAUAACAAUGAUAAUAAUGAUAAUAGUAACAAUAAUAAUAAUAGUAAUUUCGAUGAAGAUAUAGAAGCAACACAACCUGAUACUUCGAUUGAUGAUUUAGAUAAGGAAGAUGCUUGUUCGACAACCGAUGAGAAUAAUAUUUCAGUGGAGAAAGAUAUAGAGAAGGAGAUGGAGUUGGAUAUACAACCUACACAGGAGGAUGAUCAAUCUACACAGGAAGAUGAUCAAUCGACACAGGAAGAUGAUAAACAACAACCUGAUAGUUAUAUUCAAAGUGGAACGGUAACACCAACCAAGAGUAUCAAUAGUAAUAAUAGCGAUAGUGGCAUCAGUAAUCGACCAAUUACACCCGUAGAUAUCAGUAAGAAUAAAGCAAUUCAACUACAAUUGGAAAUAGAACAACAAAUCAAACAAGCACAUCCACAAAAACAACUAGAACAACAACAAACCACAUCACCUCCAAGGAAUAAAAAUAAACUAGAAGAUAACAACAAUAAUAAUAACAAUAUAUAUAACGAUAGCUGUAAUAACAAUAACAACAAUAGCAAUCAUCAUAAUAAUAAAUAUAAAAGAAUAGAUUUUGAUAAUAUUAAUACGAAUAAUAAUAAUUGUAGUAAUAAUAAUAAUAAUAGUGAUAGUAGUAGUAAUAAUCGUUUUAUUCAGCCAAUAACACCACUUGUAAAUAAUAACAACAAUAAUAAUAUAACAUUAUAUUCAGAUAGUAAUAAUAAUAACAAUAAUAAUUACGAAAAAACACCAAGAAAGUUUGAGAUUCUAAUGAAAGAUGGAAGAUUAUUACAGAGUGAUAGUAAAUCAUUGUAUGACCAGUUAAAGUGGAUCGAAAAAGAGAAUUUGAAAUGGAUAAGUUAUUUUCCACCCAAUACCGUUCCACUGUUACCAAGACCAACAUUUUCAGAUCCACCAUCAUUCUCUUCAAAAUAA